GGCGGCAUAGUCCAUUGUGCUGCGCCUUGUCUGUGUCAAACAUGGGAAACGUACGGUCCGGCAGCAUUGUGAGCCCCUAAAUUGGGUCGGGCUUUCCAGCUAAAGCUGUAGUAAAACCCCCGGUGCUUUGUGACGCUUAAGUGAGCUUCCGCUAAGGGGGUGCGGCUGCUGCGCAACAUUCCAGGGAAACUCGAGAGCUGAUUGGGUGAAAUUUAAAUGUGCCGGCCCGUGCGCUGGGACCCUUACCCGUUAUAGGAGGGAGAGAGGGAAGGUGGCGCAGAAUGGCUGCCAUGGGCUUUUGUGGCUUUAUAUACAGGUAGAAUGGCUGACAUAAAAGUGCCAUAGUGCCAGGACAUAGCAAAGUCAGGCUGGUGUUAGACUUGCUUGGGGACCCCCUUUUCCAAGGAAGCAUUGCCCAAAAGGCAUUACCAAUGCUCUGUAGGGAAUUGUGAUACUACAUAUUAGGCAGGACAGACUUGUUACCUCUAGAUGGCUACAGACUAGUGAUUCUAAUAGUUCCUGGUAUAUUUAUGCACAGUGUGGCUAAAACCAUUUUAUAGGUAUCAGGUUUGUCAUAAUUUAGCAGCCUGGUUAGGUAAUGGAAGGAGAGCAGCCUGUGCCUACUGUGGAGCUUAACUUCAAUAGUUUUGUUGUUAAGUUGUGGGGUAUAGUAAACAGCCCACGUUAUCAGUCAAUAUUCUGGGAUACUGCUGGGAUAAAUGUUGUUGUAGUCAAGCAGAUGUUUGUGUCUGAGGUGCUUUGCCCUGAGGUGCCACACAGGGAAGAUACAAACCCUUUCAAGACAAAAAACUUUGAGAGUUUUAUCCGCCAGCUGAAUCUGUAUGGCUUCAGGAAGGUGCAGAGAUCUGACUGCAGGCCCUGUUACCCAGAAGAAGAAGGCGGGGUGCACGUUUUUCACAAUCCCAGCUUCCAAAAGGAACACCCAGAAUUUUUGGUCAAUAUCAAGAGGCUGACCAGUAGUAACAAGGCCAAAAUAGCUGCAGGCCUUGAAGUGAAGUCUCGGCCAAAAAUUUGCUUGAGCUUGCUAAGUACCUGUGCAGCUGGGGAGAAGAAAAAUCUGGAUAACCAGGGUCGAGAGACAGUUGAACCCAAACAUUGCACCUUGCAACAUGAAAGUCCUCCUUCAAAUGCCUCGUUCUCAUUUAACCAAAUGGACCAGACAUCAGUCUCUCAAACAGGGAGUCUUUAUUUUGGUCUUCUGCCAGUACAGAGUCUGUCUACAAUGGAAGGAUCAGAACAGGAGUAUAGUGCAUUUAUUUCACCCAGAGCCCCAUACCAACAAGUGCUCUGUGCAACAGGUGAAACAGAUCCAGGCCCAGAGAUGGAUGAACCUAAAUCACACAUUUUGCAACUUGAAAAUGCUAUUACAGAUCCUUCCUCCUCUCCACCCUCCAGCAGCAAUAUAAACUUUCCAUUUAAUGGAGUGGAUCAGACACCAAGCCCUUCAACAGCAGGAGGGCAUUCUUUGGGUCUGCUGCCAAUUCAGCAGGGUCAGUCUACAAUAGAACUGAAGUAUGGUAGAUUUGUUUCACCCAAAGCCCCAUACCCACCAUCGCUGUGUCCAUCAGCAUAUCUCCAGUGCUGCACAUAUCCUCUCCUGCACCCUCUCAUAGGCUGUGCAAGUCCCACUGCCGCCUCAGGCUUACCUUAUAGCUAUUUUCAGACCCCGCCUAGACAGUCACCAAUCCCCAUGCACUUCCUGUCCCCAAAAAGGCCUAACCAGGAUUCAAGUGACCCCACUGAGGAUGAGUCUCCUGUGCCUGUGGAUUUGCUGUCUCCAAAAAAACCUAAGCCGAAUCCAGGUGACUGCAAGAAAGUAAAGGCAGAUAAUAUGGAUACAUUGCUUUCAUUAGCUCAAACCCAGAGUUAUGAUAUUGUCCCUGAUAAUCAAAACAAAGAGAGAAGAACACUCUCAAACCAGGAAGUGGCACCUGACCUCUACCUCUUAGCGGAAGUAGCCUGCAUGAUGGAACGAUUGCCAGAAUAGCAGUUAUCAGAAGAAGGAGAUGAGCAAUCGUAUUAUUUUGCACCACGGUGUUGUUCUUGUUUAGCCAUAUUCCAGACAGUGUCAUUUAUUUGUUAUAUAGUCUAUUUAAGAUAAGGAAGCAGAUUUAUAUUUAUUUUAUAAAUAGCAUUAUAUAUUAUUUACAUAUUAAACUGGGGGUUCCAGGGAAAAGCCAGUAGUUCAGUAUUUUUCCCUAGCUAUUUACACUUUUCUGACUGUCAGGUAUUUAAGGAAUAGGAACAUUUAUGCAAAUGGCUUGAUUAAUAUGUCAAUUCAUCAUAAUUAGUUCAGCCACUUUUAGCAGUCUGACUCCAUCCUGUCAUUUGGAAUGUUAGAGAUCAGCGCUGAGCUCUAACACCCCCACCUCAGGAAAUUAACAAGGAUUGUGUUACAAUUCACACAAUGCAAGGUAAUAGAAGAAUAACAAUUUGCUACUACAAACUGAUAGUAAUUCAGAAAAAAAAGAAUAAGCCCUUAUUGUUAUUUUUUAUGCUCAUAUAAUACAAGGAAUAGUUAUUUCUUCCCUUAGCCUGUACAGUGUUGUUAUAGUUCAUCUAGUCAUAACUAAGAAACACAAAGUCACUGUUUUACACUAUAGUGAUAUGAACCGUGAAGCUAUCACUUUGUCAUAGUAACAUGCUCCACAGAGAAGGGCUGGCACAGGGAUUAUACUGUUCAUUAGUAAUGCCAGUUUGGUGCAUAAAAGCUAAAAGCUGCUUCUUGUGCUGAAUAAUGCAGCACUCAUCUUGAAUCACAUUAUUUCUCUCGGCUUAGGAUCCACAUUUUACCUUCACCUCCAUUUAAUCAUUUUGCCAAUGAAAGUAUACUCCCUGUGCCUGCCACUAGCUAUGCACCUAUUACUCUGGGGGAAAAAUGGACUGGUGGCAGUAAUGCCAUAUAGCUGAACUCUUAAACUAUUACUUGUUAAGGAGCUUUUUUUAUUUUAAGUAUUUAAUGUAAAAUAUAACUUAUCUGAAGUAAGAUGUUAUAACUUAUCUGACGCAAGAUGUUAUACCAUUCUAUAUAUAAAAAUUGUAAAAUGUGAUCCAAACCCACAGUGAAAGUGUGUUAGCAUGAGCCAUUACUAUGAGAUUUUACAAACUGCUUUUCUAUGUUUUCAAACGUAUAUUUUGAGGAAAAUGUCAGAGAGAGGAGUAGGGCGAUGUAUUAUAUUAAGUCCCCAUUUCUCUUUUGUUUAUCCCCAAGUCAUUUUUAAACUAUCUGUUUUUAAAGAUUUUUCUAUUUUCAGUAUUUAAUGUGAAGCAAUAUAUACAGUAUAUGAGAAAAUCUGAAACAGUAUUAUAUAUAUAUAUAUAUAUGUGCAAUGUCAGUAAAACAAACACCGACAGUAUAACUUGUGUUGUUUAGAUGUACAUAAUCUGCCCUGUUUCUCUGGUCAGAAACGGAACUGGGAUGUUGCUAUUCACCAAGUCAUUUUUAAGAACAUUUUAAAGCAUUUUUGAUUUGUAAUGUAAAACCAACUAAUUUAUUAUUUUAAAUAAGAACUGGACAUUUCAUGUU